UUACUCGUGUCUUCCUGUUCCAGCUUGCCUGUUGGAGCAUUUAACAGCCGGCAACGUCUCAGCGCGGAUUUACACACUUUGUUAAUUGUUAAAAUUAUUAUAUUUUGUUUUAUUUAUUAAUUGUUUAGUAAAUAAUAAACAAUGGCCGACAACAAAGAAAGAACUUUCAUCAUGAUCAAACCCGACGGUGUCCAACGUGGACUCGUUGGUAAAAUUAUCCAGCGUUUUGAAGAAAAAGGCUUCAAACUCGUGGCCAUGAAGAUGGUUUGGCCAACUGAGGAGUUGCUGAAAAAACACUACGCUGACUUGGCUGCCAGACCAUUCUUCCCCGGCUUAGUUAAAUACAUGAGCUCAGGCCCAGUUGUCCCAAUGGUGUGGGAAGGUCUUGACUCCGUUAAGACUGGUCGCAAAAUGUUGGGAGAGACUAACCCCAAGGACUCUGCACCAGGAACCAUCCGCGGAGACUUUUGUAUCCAGGUUGGACGCAACAUCAUCCACGGAUCUGAUUCAGUCGAGUCAGCCAAGCACGAAAUUGGUCUCUGGUUCCCAGAAGACAAGAAAGAAGGUGUUAUUGACUGGGCUUCCUGGGCUGAGAAAUGGAUCUAUGAAUAAGCUCCAAAAUUCGUUAAGAUUCUUGGCAUGUGUUGAGCAGUACACUAUCACUGCCUUUUGAUUAAAAUUUUAAUAAAUAAAUGAAUGAUUCCAUUCCUUAAAA